CCUGGAAACAAUAUCACCAUCCUCCGAGCAAAGGUUUUGUUAUACGCCAAUAGCUCCAUUGCUCCCGGGCUGCCUUUACUACUGAGACCUUUCUAUUUUAUUUCGCCUCAUUCCCUUCUGUUCAUUGUAGAGGCGGCCCUCGAAUUCCUUUUUAUUUUUAUUGUCUUAAAUUGAACCCUCCGUGUCCUUCCCGCCCAAUAUGUCCGACGCCCUCGCUUUCCUCUCAGAUAACUCUGUAGUCGACGCCCUCAAAGAUGCAUAUAGUUCAUUCUCCGCCCGAAGGGAAGCGCUGGGCUUGUCCAAUCCAGGAACCGUAGAGAAUGUCUCCAGAGAAGUCCAAAAGGAUGUCCUGCUCUCCAAUUUCAUGUUCACAGGCCUCCGGGCAGAUCUGACAAAGGUCUUCGGCAUGUCUCCUCUUUUCCGCGUCUCCCACGCCUUCACAAUGGGUUCGCAGCAAGGAACCCUGCCUCCGUAUGCCUUUUCUUCCAUGUUCGGAUCUCCUAAGGUCUUCCUACAAGGAAACCUCGGUAGUGAUGGAGCCCUUGCCGCCGUCGCCAACUACAGAUGGAACUCCGCAUGGGUUACAAAGACAAACACCCAGAUAAUGCCCGGAAGUGCGCAGGGUUUGAUCCAGAUUGACAACGACUACACCGGCGCAGACUUCUCCGCGUCUCUCAAGGCCUUCAACCCAUCCUUCCUAGAAGGCGGCAUCACCGGAAUAUUCGUCGGAAGCUAUCUUCAAUCCGUCACCCCGAGCCUCGCAUUGGGUCUUGAGGCCAUGUGGCAGCGACAGGGCCUCAGCGUCCCGCCCGAAACCGCUCUGUCCUAUUGCGCCAAGUACAAGGGAGAUGAUUGGAUUGCCAGUGCCCAGCUUCAAGCUCAAGGCGUCAUCAAUGCCUCGUACUGGAAGAAGCUGUCUGAUAAGGUUGAGGCCGGCGUUGAUAUGAACCUCCAGUUCGCCCCUAGCCCCUCGGGAUUGAUGGGUGACAUCCGCAAAGAGGGCACCACGACUGUCGGAGCCAAAUACGAAUUCAGAGCAUCUACCUUCCGCGCACAAAUCGAUAGUGCUGGCAAGCUGAGCUGUCUCUUGGAAAAGCGCGUCGCCAUGCCUAUCUCUUUGACUUUCGCUGGAGAGAUUGAUCAAGUCAAGCAACAAGCCAAGAUCGGUCUCGCCGUCUCCUUCGAAAUGGCCUCGGAAGAGCUGAUGGAGCAGCAAGAAUCCGGCGAAAUGCCCAACGUUCCAUCCCCGCCAUUCUAAGUUUGAAAAGCCCCGAUGCAUUCCCGUCCAAUCGCAUGACAUGAGAAGGACAAGAAACUAGAUGACCAAAAAGCAAGACAAGGAAAACAAAUCCUAAUCGCAAUGCUCCUCUACACGACCCUGCUCCUAUCAUCAUCUCUCCUUUCUGCUACCAACCUCCGAAAACCACCCCCCUUCACAUCUCACCACCGAAUUAACCUUCCCCUUCCAACCCCGUGUUUUAAUAGCUCUAUCAUAUCUUCACUCUUCGUCCCACACACCAUCUACACCCCACAUCCACAUCUAUCUACGUGUACAUCUAUCCACCCGUCCCAAAUCCCUUAGCAGCAUUGUGGGUAACUGGCGCAGAAGUGAAACGCCUCCACCAUCCACACUUCUGAUUCUCGAGACCAUUAUUUUUUAAAGAGAUUUCGUCAUUCUGCGCGUGUCCUUUGUUUCAUUUUAGUUUAUUAUUUUUUUCCCCGUCUUCCUUUUCCGUUUUCCAUUGUCUACUUCUUUUUUUUUGUGUAUAUCCAAGAUGGCUUGAAUUACCUAUCCCUAGGGGCUAGGGACUAGGGACUAGGGCAGCAACAAAAUAAAAAGAUAUAAUCUAUUUCCAAGAAACCAUUUCCAUUUCCAUCUGUUCAUUACGAUUUCCAAUAUUCUAUCUAUAGACAUGUUUCCCCUUCCGUCUUUUUAUCCCCUCCGCUUCCCAUUUCCCAAUGGUGGCUUUGGUUUCUGCUUUCGUCAGCUGUUUCUGUUUCUGUGUCUGCGUCUGUGUCUGUGUCCGCGUCUUGGGUGCGCGUACGUAUUUCCCUCCGUCCGUGUGUCGCGCAAUUGUCCCGCAUCCAUGAUUCAUCGCCUGUCGUGUUCCUGAAACGCCAAGUCUUUACUCCAUGCUCCCUAACGUCGAAUACAUUCCGUAUUGUCAAAAGGGCGAGUUCAGCCUGGAUUGAUUCAAUGAAAGAAUCCAGCUUAUGAGCCUACCUCCCUUCUCCUCCGCUUUUCUUAUGCUAGCUUACGUUUUGAAGCGGGAAACCUACCCCAUCCAGACAUCCACUAUAUAUAGGCUCCGUAAAAGACAAAUGCAGUUUCGUGCCCGUCAAUUCCGCCUUUUGGGAUGAUUUUGGAUUGAACUGAGGAGAAAGGGAGGACCGCUUGAGGAGUAAAAGAAAAAAAAAAAAAAAAAAAAAAAAAAAAAAAAAAAAAAAAUAGAAAGAAAUAAAGAAAGAAAGAAAAAGGGAAAGGGGCAAGAACCUUUUGUCCGGUGUAAAAUAUUACAGUUCUCUCCUCAAGUUAAGUACGGCAAAGAAUUAGACGAAAUAAUAAUAUAUGAUUAGCGCUGGGGGUUUGAAUCCACAUCCAACCAAUCCUUUCAACAUAGAUAUUUAGGACAGACAGCUCUAGCAAUAAUGGGUUUGGGUAUGCAUAUCAGGAUAUACCAUUGAACCGCCAUUAGCUUACUCCAUAUAUCCCCUCUGUCGUAGUGGAAACAUUUGCCCGUACAGAACAAGUGACGUAGCAACGAGCACGGGUGGACGGAUGGACGGGGGUGCUCAAAGCUCUGUACUCCGUAAUGUAAAAGCAAACUUCCAAUUGUUAGUUAGGGUGUAAAACUCCAGCUUAAAACAUAUAUAUAUAUAUCACCGAGAUUAUUUAGUUUACAUAGUUAACUAUCUC